AUGUCAAAGAUUUUCGCUGUGACAGCCAUUGCACACAACAUGAAAAAUUUCGACGGAGCUUUUAUACUACAACACAUUUUUUCGAAUAUAUCACGUUGGCAGCCAAAAGUUAUAAAGCAAGGUAUGAAAAUAUUAUCGAUAACAUGCGGUGGUUCGAUACGGUUCAUAGACAGUUUGAAUUUUAUUCAGCUAGCACUGGCGUCAUUUCCUAAAACUUUUAAAUUAGAAGGUGGUAAAGGAUACUUUCCUCAUUAUUUCAACACGUUAGAAAAUCAAAAUUACACCGGAGACAUACCAUCAGUCGAGUAUUACGGUUGUGAUGUCAUGAAAAAGAACGAACGCAGAGAUUUCAUGGAGUGGCAUCGUCGGCAAGUUGCCGAUAAUUAUGUAUUCACCAUGAAAAAUGAGAUAAUAAAAUAUUGUGUAUCCGAUGUUGAUAUUUUGAGGAGAGGAUGCUUGAAAUUUCGCGAAUGUUUUACGGAGAGCUGCAAUGUAGACCCUUUGUUAGAGUGUAUAACUAUUGCGUCAUCAUUUAAUCUCGUAUUUAGGAGAAACUUUUUAAAACCCAACACAAUAGGUAUUAUACCUACAGGGGGUUAUAGAGGUAGGGAUCGGCAUAGUAAGAUAGCCGUAGCUUGGCUACUAUGGCAAGAGUAUACAUUGCAAUGCCGAAGUAAGCACGCUGGAAAUGGUCCAGAGGUUCGUUUGCGAGAAAAUAUCGUGGUCGACGGAUUUUGCAGCGAAACAAACACCGUUUUUGAAUUUUCCGGAUGCUUCUGGCAUGGGUGCCCUAGAUGCUUUCCCGAUUUUGAUUCUGAAUUGGCCGACAGAAAUGAGCUGAUGGUUACGCGGUAUGAACGAACUAUAUUUAAAAACGAACGCAUCAAAAAUAACGGCUAUAAUUUGAAUGUAUUAUGGGAGUGUGAUUUUCGUAAACAAAUAACGGAAAACCGGGAACUAAAGCAGUUUGUAGAUAAUCAUUUAUUUUCAAAAAACACACCCCUCAAUCCGCGCGACAGUUUUUACGGUGGUCGUACGAACGCGUCACAGUUAUAUUACAAAUGUCAACCAGGUGAGAGAAUACUGUAUUUCGAUGUUUGCUCGUUGUACCCGUACGUAAACAAGUACGGUCGGUACCCUGUCGGUCAUCCUACAGCCAUUCAUGUCGGCCAUCCAGAUUGCGUAAAAGUCGAUCUAAACAAAGUCCAUGGUUUCAUUAAAUGUAUUGUUUUACCACCUGUUUCGUUGUAUCACCCUGUUCUGCCGUACAAAUGUAAUGGUAAAUUAACUUUUCCUCUUUGCAAAACGUGUGUUGAAACCUUGUAUGAACAAGAUUGCCCGCACAACGACGGACAGCGUCAGUUUACGGGUACUUUCGUUGCAGACGAGUUACGUAAGGCUUUGAAGUUAAAUUACAGAAUUAUCGAAAUUUUUGAAAUCUGGGAAUACGACACCGUAAAAUACGACCCAGAAACUAAAACAGGUGGGUUGUUUUCGGAGUACGCAAACACGUUUUUAAAAAUAAAGCAAGAGUGUAGCGGGUGGCCUACAUGGUGUAAUACAGAACACGAGAAAGACAACUACAUUCGCGAGUAUUACGAUCGUGAGGGGGUUAAAUUAGAAAAAAACAAAAUAUGCAAGAAUCCAGGGUUACGUUUCUUGGCCAAAUUAAUGCUCAAUUCAUUUUGGGGCAAAUUCAGGCAGAGACAAAAUCUGCAGCAGACUGCUAUCAUUGAUCAGCCUUACAAGCUGUUCGAAAUGUUUGCAUCACCCGGUCGUUGCGUCAAUAACUUAACCGUUAUCAAUCCUGAAGUACUCCUAGUAAAUUGGGAGCGCGUGGAGGAGGAUAUAUUGGCUUCUAGCACCACUAAUGUAGCUAUCGCUAGUUAUACUACUGCUUCGGCACGUUUAGUUCUUUAUCAUUUUUUGGAAAAGUUGGGACGACGAGUAUUAUAUUACGACACUGACAGUGUUUCCUUCACUGCCAAACCAGGCGAAUGGGUACCUGAUACCGGCGACUUUUUAGGCCAGCUAACCGACGAAUUAGCUGAUUAUGGUAGAGGUAGUUACAUUACGGAAUUUGUGAGCGGCGGACCUAAAAAUUACGCCUAUGAAUUCUUGAAUGCUAACAAAGGGAUAAUUGAGCCAGUAUGUAAGGUGAAGGGUAUAACUCUACACUACUCCAAUAAUCAAAAAGUUAAUUUUAACGUAUUAAAAUCGAUGAUUCUGGAUAAAGAGGCUCCAAACGUGGUCGAAGUAAUCGAUAAACAAAUUUUUAAAGAUAAUUUUUUUAAUAUAUUAACGAAAGACGCAACAAAAAAGUAUAGAGUAAACUAUACUAAACGUCGUAGGUUAAGCAAUUCAUACGAUACGCUCCCGUACGGGCACAAAGGAGCGCUUUAG